UCUUGGGCAACGAGAGAGAAGUCCAGUUGAACAUCUGUGCUUGCAUUACAGUGGUCACUUCUCUACUUGCUAGGCAAAGACUGACUGAGAGAUACAGAGAGAACCAGAAGGAAAAUACUUUGCCACCACCCUGCAUCUAAGAGGAACAGGACAAGUGCCUUUUGGGGACCUUACCACUCCUAAGUUGUGACAUUGGAUCAAGUGUGCUUACCAUGCGAGGAAUGCAUCUAAGUCUGUGUCUAGCUCUGCUGCUGCCAUGGUGCAACCAGUGCCAGAAAACGGACUCUGCCAGUGCCAAGCUGGGAAAAGAAGACACGGGAGACCUGUUGGCUGUCAAACUUGUAAACCGCAGUGGCAUCCUGGGCCCUCUGCUCCCCCCAGAGUUCCAUCCAACACCCCGGCAGACCAGAGCCCCACGUCCGGCCUCCCAGGUCUCCAAGAGAGCCCAGCAAAGGUCCCGCUUCACUCUGUCCCUGGAUGUCCCCACCAGCAUCCUCAGUGUCCUCAUAGACCUUGCCAAGAACCACGACAUGAGAGCCAAGGCUGCUGCCAAUGCAGAGCUGAUGGCACGCAUUGGGAAAAGGAAAUAAGGGAUGGGGUCGUAUGGGCAAAGGCUAAGGGGGGCAAUUCUCAACUCACCAGGGUGGGUUUUCAAAAUCAGGUUAAGGGAUGGAUAGGUUAUGGGAAGGAAGGGUUGUUAUUAGAGGAAAAGACAUCUUGAAGUCUUUAAUUAGUUUAGCCCUUUAUCUGUUUUAUAUUUCUAUUGCAUAAUUCUUACCUCAUUUUAUGCCAUAAAGAUCCACUGUCUGCCUGUACAGAAACAUUAUAUAAAAAGAAUGAUAGAACAAAUUGUGCUAAUUAAAUGUCACAUCAAAUAUAAGAUGAAGCUGGUCUUUUGUCUCCGCUACAGUGGGAAAAUGUAUAAUUUGUGGGCAGAUAAUCUUCUGAAAUAGUAAUAGGCAGGGAACCAUUUGGA